AUGCAUAUGCAGAUCCACAUUGUUGGUUUCCCCCUUGUAAAAAGAAAAGAAAAAGAGCUCAAGGAUAGCAUAGUACAUUUUAUACAGACCAAUACCUCCAGUUAUGCUUCCUGGACUAGACUGAACUGUCACUGGAUUCAACUUAGUCAAGACCCCGACCAAGGAUCAGCACUGUCUACGGAGAUAACUGAACUAGGGGAGAUGUUCCAGCUUUGUACGGAUACAGAUCCGUACAUAAGGCAGACCAAGGAUGAGAAGGAAUGGUUGGUUGAUGCCAAGAACGGGUCCGGAUCCGCACUCGUAGGAUAA